AUGCCUCGUUUCAACGUUUGCCAGCUGCUCAUCGCAGUGCUGAUGAUCCUGUCUGUGGUCAUUGCAACCGAUCAGCGCAACGAGGACAAUCUUGUCCACCGUGAGUCUCUCCAGGAUCUAUUCGCCAGCACCGAUGCGAACCGCAUUCAUCUUGCUCUCCACGUGUUGUCCGACAAAUUCCAAGACGGCGUUUUCCCAACUGACAUGAGUGCCGCCGAGGCCCUUCAAGGUGAAGAUCAAAACAUCGCUAGUAUCUUCAAGGUCAUGAAGCGAGAGAGCAAUGCGACCGCUAGCGCAUCUGCCAAUCCCACCACCAUUGACACCGCCGCGACUUCUACCGAUUCAAGCACCGACACUACUACCUCAACCGAGUCGACCGAUAGCACUUCUUCCACUUCCAGCUCUAGCUCGAUCUCGACCCCCACUUCGACUGAGGCGACUACCACCUCCACAUCUAGCGCCCCAACCUCGACAAGUGAGGCUACUACUUCCAGCUCAACCUCCUCAUCCUCCACCACCUCCGCCCCUACCUCAAGCUCCUCUACCUCAACUAGCUCGACAUUAUCGUCUACCUCCACAUCGACCAGCUCUUCCUCCACCUCAAGCUCGUCGUCCAGCUCGUCUUCCAGCUCGUCGACCAGCUCGACUGAUACGCACACCACACUUACAACCUCUGCUAGCCUCAGCACCUCGACUUACGAGAGUACUACUACUCUGCCCGAUGGCAGUCUCAGCACCGUCACCGCUGUGACAGUUGUGCACGUCACCCCCACUGGCUCGUCAGCUUCCACUACCACCAAUUCAGCCCACCCUGGUCUCCAGACCGGUGGUGCCGCCAUGACCAACGGCCUCACUCGCGAGGUCGUCGCCAUGUUCGGUGGUGCAGUUCUUGUCGCCAUGGCUCUCUAA